AUGGAUCCUGACCGGAAUCGAAAUGCCACACCUGCAUCCAAGGCAGAUCACCUCUGUGUCCUAGUUCAUGGACUCUGGGGUAACCCCUCUCAUAUGGACUUCAUAGCCGCUUCGUUGCGAGAGCGCUAUGACGAGGACCAUCUGCAUAUUCUCGCUUCCGACCGGAACAAUGGCAAUCUCACCUACGAUGGCAUCGAGGUUUGCGGUGAGCGACUGGCUCAUGAGAUUGAGGAAACGCUGGAAACAUUCGGGGACCAAGGGCAGAAGAUCCGGAAGCUGAGCGUGGUGGGGUAUUCUCUCGGAGGAUUGAUAUCCAGAUAUGCGCUGGGUUUGUUGUAUGCUCGGGGUUGGCUCGACAGACUGGAACCUGUGAACUUUACAACAUUUGCAUCACCACAUCUUGGUGCCAGGGUGGCAGUCGGAGGUGUUCAUAGCUUCCUUUUCAAUAACUUGGGGCCUCGAACUGUAUCGACAUCUGGAAAACAACUGUUCAUGAAAGACACUUUCCGGGACUACGGAAAACCAUUACUCAGUGUUUUAGCAGACCCGGGUAGUAUCUUUGUUCAAGCCCUCACAAAGUUCAAGUAUCGUUCCGUCUAUGGGAAUAUCAUCAAUGAUCGGACCACGCCUUUAUAUACCACCAUCUUCUCGAGCGUCGAUCCCUUCAGGGACCCUGAAAAUGUGAACAUUAACUAUGUGACGGGCUAUGAGCCUGUCGUGGUUGAUCCUUACGUCUACACUCUACCAUCUAAGCCAAAAGCAAAACUGCCUUUUAUGCGACGCGCAUGGGGGGAGGUCCUAGUAUUCGCUAACAAUUUGAAGUUUUGGUCCAUUUAUACUCUUGUCUUGACGAUUGCCAUUCCGACUUUCCUCGUCUAUGCCUUCAUUCAGACCUGCCGCAGCCAAGCACGGAUACGCAUACACGAAGAGGGCAUAUCUGAAGACCCUUUCAAACGCUACCGCAUUCCCAUCGUUGUCAAGAAGGUACAAACGGUGAUAGAAGAAGUCUUUGAAAACGCAGCUUCCAGACAAGACCCGGAUUAUUUGACACCAAGUGCGACACGCUCAGUAUUGGAGUUCCAGUCCGAGACAUCAGAAACCAGAUCAUCCAUGACUCUGCAGGAUGCAGAAACAUUCUCUCCAACGCAGAGCGCUGAACACGAUAAUAAACUAACAGGCCGCGCGUCAGCAGCACUGCCGGACGGCUCCAGUGUGGAUCAACAAUACCCCACACUCGCCCUUACCCCAGAUCAAUUCUCCAUUAUUAAAUCGCUUAACCGCGUGGGUUUCCACAAGUACCCGAUCUACAUCCACAACCACAGGCACUCGCACGCUGCGAUCGUCGUGCGGAUCCAAAAAGAGGGGUUUGAAGAGGGCCACACCGUGAUCAAACACUGGCUUGACUGUGAAUUUGAGCUCUAA